AUGGUCCCUCGUCAACAAAACGCACGCAGUGCUCGUGCCUUGGAGAGCAGACGUAGCCGAGGUAUUCCAUCCUACCGAUGCCAAGACUGCCGCGGUAUCCAUACUCUUCGGAAGUGCGCGAGGUUCCUAAAGCUCAGCGCUGAAAAGCGUCUGCGAGCAGCCCUCAUUAACAAAUACUGCGCCAAUUGCCUCGCUCACGAGCGUAGGAGUUCACCGCCACGACGCCCGGAAUCGACCACGCCAGGCCCAUCGCUCUCGUCGCUGCUGCAACGCCACAGCGUGAACAUCCUUCCGACAGCGCUGGUCAAGUUGGAGACCGGGACGAAGACCUUCGAGACCGCAGCCCUUAUCGAUCCGUGCACCCCCAUGAGCUGCAUCGACGCUUCGUUGGCGUCAGCCUUUACGCUUCCGAUGACCAAUGUUGGCGACGAGAAGGUCUGCACGACGACGAUUCGCUCCAGGAUCGACGCGAACACUAAGCUGGAGGUCGUGCUCAAGAUCGUGCCCAGUGUGCGGAUCCGCACACCUGUCCGGGCAUUGAGCGACACAGUGGUGUCCAAGUUCCGGGACAUCAUGCUGGCUGAUGACCAGUUCCAUCGGCCUGCUACCGUCUCCAUGGUCUUAGGAGCAGAUGUUUAUCCAAAGGUUAUCCAAUCCGGAUUCCUGACCUUCGACGAGGGAAUGCCGGUCGCUCAGAAAACUGUUUUUGGGUGGAUCGUGUCCGGUGCCUGCAGCCUGCCGUAGGAUGGCUAUGCUGCAACCCCAGUGAUUGCAAGGGGGGCGGAAUGUCCAAGUUACGGGGUUUGGACUGUCACCCGCUCUCCGCUCCCGCUUACGCUCUCCCGCUCUUUACCACAGAGUCUCCAAGGAGUCUCCGCUGCGCUUGGGAUAGCCUAACUAAUUAGAAUAAGCAGCAGAGUCAAAACUAAUUUCGCCGAAUAAAGAUACGCCCGGUCGCGCCCGCGCAAUUACGAAAAGUCUAGUGUUCGCUGUUCUUCGAGUGUCUCUAUUUCAGCAUAUUUGGAAAAUUCCAGGACAGCAGCCCCCCUACAACCCAUCAGUAACAUAUUGUUGCCCUGUAUUGUUUUCUAAAAUAUUUCGCAAUAUGGUUUACUUUAUGUUUUAUUUAAUUUAUAUGUGAUGAUACUUAUAUUAUAUUGUCUCAUACAAAUGUUUGUUGGAAUUUCCCUAAGGAAGGAUUUGAUAAUCAGUUAAUAAACUCGGAAAAUUUACCAUUUAAAAAA